GUCAUGGCCACCCAGGUAAUGGGGCAGUCUUCUGGAGGAGGAGGGCUGUUCACCAGCAGUGGCAACAUUGGCAUGGCUUUGCCUAACGACAUGUAUGAUUUGCAUGACCUCUCCAAAGCUGAACUGGCUGCACCUCAGCUUAUCAUGUUGGCAAAUGUGGCCUUAACUGGGGAAGUAAAUGGCAGCUGCUGUGAUUACCUGGUUGGUGAAGAAAGACAGAUGGCAGAAUUGAUGCCUGUUGGAGAUAACAAUUUUUCAGAUAGUGAUGGAGAAGGACUUGAGGAGUCUGCUGAAAUAAAAGGUGAACCCAGUGGACUGGAAAACAUGGAACUGGAAAGUUUGGAACUGAGUGUUGUAGAACCACAGCCUGUGUUUGAGGUAUCAGCUGCCCCAGAAAUUUAUAGCUCAAAUAAAGAUCUUCCUCCUGAAACAUCUGGAGCAGAGGACAAAUGCAAGAACUUGAAGAGCAAGCCCUUUCGCUGUAAACCAUGCCAGUAUGAAGCAGAAUCUGAAGAACAGUUUGUGCAUCACAUCAGAGUUCAUAGUGCCAAGAAAUUUUUUGUGGAAGAAAGUGCAGAGAAGCAAGCAAAAGCCAGAGAAUCUGGGUCUUCUACCACAGAAGAGGGAGAUUUCUCCAAGGGCCCCAUUCGCUGUGACCGCUGUGGCUACAAUACCAAUCGAUAUGAUCACUAUACUGCUCACCUGAAACACCACACCAGAGCUGGGGAUAAUGAGCGAGUUUACAAGUGCAUCAUUUGCACAUACACCACAGUAAGCGAAUAUCACUGGAGGAAACACUUGAGAAACCAUUUUCCAAGGAAAGUAUACACAUGUGGAAAAUGCAACUAUUUUUCAGACAGAAAAAAUAAUUACGUUCAACAUGUUCGAACUCAUACAGGAGAACGCCCAUAUAAAUGUGAACUUUGUCCUUACUCAAGUUCUCAGAAGACUCAUCUAACUAGACAUAUGCGUACUCAUUCAGGUGAGAAGCCAUUUAAAUGUGAUCAGUGCAGUUAUGUGGCCUCUAAUCAACAUGAAGUAACCCGCCAUGCAAGACAGGUUCAUAAUGGGCCUAAACCUCUUAACUGUCCACAUUGUGACUACAAAACAGCAGAUAGAAGUAACUUCAAAAAACACGUAGAGCUACAUGUGAAUCCACGGCAGUUCAAUUGUCCUGUCUGCGACUAUGCAGCUUCUAAGAAGUGUAAUCUGCAGUAUCAUUUCAAAUCUAAGCAUCCUACUUGUCCUAAUAAAACAAUGGAUGUCUCAAAAGUGAAACUAAAGAAAACCAAAAAGCGAGAGGCUGACUUGCCUGAUAACAACAUUACCAAUGAAAAAACAGAAAUAGAACAGACAAAAAUAAAGGGGGAUGUGGCUGGAAAGAAGAAUGAAAAGUCUGUAAAAGUGGAGAAAAAAGAUAAUGUUUCAAAAGAGAAAAAGUCUUGUAGUAAUGCUUCAAUCCAAGUGACUACCAGAACUCGCAAAUCAGCAAUGGAAACUAAAGAAAUGGAUGUGCACACAGGAAAUAAUUCAGAAGCAACCUGUAAAACCAAGAAAGGCAAAAGGAAGAUGGAAGCUGAAGCCCAUCCCUUACAAGAUCUUGUUAACGAGGAGGAACCUGUGACAAAAAAGAAAAAGAAGGCAGAAAGCAAAUCCAAAAAUAAUCAGGAAGUGCCAAAAGGUGACAACAAAGUAGAGGAGAAUAAAAAGCAAAAUACCUGCAUGAAAAAAAGUACAAAGAAGAAAACUCUGAAAAAUAAGUCAAGUAAAAAAAGCAGCAAGCCUGCUCAGAAGGAGGUUGCUCAGAAAGGGCCUGCUCAGACGGAGCCUUCUCCCAGGGGGCCUGCACAGACAGAGCCUUCUCCCAGGGGGCCUGCUCAGACGGAGCCUUCUCCCAGGGGGCCUGUGCAGAUGGAGCCUUCUCCCAGGGGGCCUGCUCACCGGGGGCCUCUCAGGCCCCAGCGGGCAUUCUCCCGUGGGCCUGCACUGACAGGAGCCUGCCCAGCCUCCCCGGGGGGCCUGUCCAGGCAGGAGCCUUCUCCAAGGGGGCCUGGGCAGAGGGAGCCAUCUCCUGUCCCAGAGCCUGCUCAGACGGAUAUGGGUCAGAGGGAGCCGCCUCCUGCCACAGAGCCUGCUCCAACAGAGUCCCCUCCUUCUGUGGGGCCUGCUCAGAUGGAGGUAGUUCAGACGGAGCCUCCUCCCACAGAGCCUCCUCUUCACAUGGAACCAAUUCCCAAAAAGUCUCCUCGAAAAGAUAAUAAAAAGGAAAAGUCCCACACGCAGAGUGAAAUGGCACAGAAGGAGCAAGUCCUUAUUGAAGUUGGCUUAGUGCCUGUUAAAGAUAGCCAGCUUCUAAAGGAAAGUGUGGGUGCGAGAGAUCUCUUACCACCAUCAACACCACUGCCAAAGGAAAACUUAACAGAAGAGGAGUCAAAAGACCAAAAAUUAUUCACCGAAGACGAAGGAAAUAAAGAAGCCCCUCUUCAAAAAGAAGUAAAAGAGGCAGAUAAAAGUCUAGCUGGUGUUGCUGCUAUUAUCAAUGAAUCUGCUAAUAUUUCAUCCUCUGAACAAAACUUGAAUAUGCCAGAGGGUGAAACUUUAGAUGGUAAGUGUCAGGCUGGCGCAAUGCUUUGUGAAAUGGAAAUGGACACUGAUGAGAACAAAACCGAGAAUCCCCCUGGCAAAGACUCAGCAGUUGAAGAACAAAUGUCACCACUGCUGCUUCCCCUAGCAAUAGAAAACCAUGAAGCAGUGUCCAAAACUACUGCGACAUCACCUCCUGUCACCACGGCAGUAAAUGAGUCUCAGGAAAUGGAUGAAGAUGAAGGCAUCCAUAGUCAUGAUGGAAGUGAUCUAAGUGACAACAUGUCAGAGGGUAGUGAUGAUUCUGGAUUGAAUGGGGCCCGGCCAGUUCCACAAGAAACCAGCAGGAAAAAUGCUAAGGAGGCCUUGGCAGGCAAAGUGGCUGAGGGAGAUUUUGUUUGUAUCUUCUGUGAUCGUUCUUUUCGAAAGGAAAAAGAUUAUAGCAAGCACCUCAAUCGCCAUUUGGUUAACGUAUACUUCCUUGAAAAAGCAGCUAAAGGGCAGGAGUAA